CAUUUUCCUCCGCCGCGCUUCGAUGACGUAAAUUUUCUGCGGCGCGGGACCAGCAGCGGCGCCUCAGGAGUUAGGUUCCGUUUUCGUCUGGAAUUUUGGUGCCGGUGUGGCCCGUGACCCAACACCAUGAAGGAAACGCCACUUUCAAACUGCGAGCGCCGCUUCCUACUCCGUGCCAUCGAAGAGAGGAAGCGGCUGGAUGGCAGACAAACCUAUGAUUAUAGGAACAUCAGGAUCUCAUUUGGAACCGAUUAUGGAUGCUGCAUUGUGGAACUUGGAAAAACAAGAGUUCUUGGACAGGUUUCCUGUGAACUUGUGGCUCCAAAACUCAAUAGGGCAACAGAAGGUAUUCUUUUUUUUAACCUUGAACUCUCUCAGAUGGCUGCUCCAGCUUUUGAACCUGGCAGGUACUUAAAUCUUUUUCUUAAGCUACUUUAUAUUUCAGAUGUUUGGCUUAAAAUUUCUAAAAUGAUUUAUUUGUUUAAAAUUCACUUUCAGGUUUGGCAAAUACGUGUAGACCUACAUUUAUUAAAUCAUGAUGGAAAUAUUAUUGAUGCUGCCAGCAUUGCUGCAGUCGUGGCCUUAUGUCACUUCCGAAGACCUGAUGUCUCUGUCCAAGGAGAUGAAGUAACACUGUAUACACCUGAAGAGCGUGAUCCUGUACCAUUAAGUAUCCACCACAUGCCCAUUUGUGUCAGUUUUGCCUUUUUCCAGCAAGGAACAUAUUUAUUGGUGGAUCCCAAUGAACGAGAAGAACGUGUGAUGGAUGGCUUGCUGGUGAUUGCCAUGAACAAACAUCGAGAGAUUUGUACUAUCCAAUCCAGUGGUGGGAUAAUGCUACUAAAAGAUCAAGUUUUGAGAUGCAGUAAAAUUGCUGGUGUGAAAGUAGCAGAAAUUACAGAGCUAAUACAGAAAGCUUUGGAAAAUGACCAAAAAGUUAGGAAAGAAGGUGGAAAGUUUGGUUUUGCAGAGUCUAUAGCAAAUCAAAGAAUCACAGCAUUUAAAAUGGAAAAGGCCACUAUUGAUACUUCGGAUGUAGAAGAAAAAGCAGAAGAAAUCAUUGCUGAAGCAGAACCUCCUUCAGAAGUUGUUUCUAAACCUGUGCUAUGGACUCCUGGAACUGCCCAAAUUGGAGAAGGAGUAGAAAACUCCUGGGGUGAUCUUGAAGACUCUGAGAAGGAAGAUGAUGAUGAAGGUGGCAGUGAUGAAGCUAUCCUUCUUGAUAGUAUAAAGAUGGACACUGGAAUAGAAGUCUCUGAUAUUGGAAGCCAAGAUGCUCCCAUAAUACUCUCAGAUAGUGAAGAAGAAGAAAUGAUCAUUUUAGAACCAGACAAGAAUCCAAAGAAAAUAAGAACACAGACCACCAGUGUAAAACAGGAGAAAGCACCAAAUAAAAAGCCAGUGAAAAGAAGAAAAAAGAAGAGAGCUGCCAAUUAAAGCUAACAGUUGUAUAUUUGUAUAUAACUAUUAAAAGGAUAUUUAUUCCAUUCUAACAAUCCUGGGGAUUUUUUAUUCACAAAUCCAUUGUAAAAUCCAGCAGGAUUUUUUAAAAUGGUUUUUUUGUUUUUAAUGGUAUGCUUUGAAAUAAACCUUCUGGAGCA